CAAGCGGGGAGGAGUGUGCAUUGCCAUUGUUUCGGUCGAGUAUCUUGUCGCUCUAUUCUGUUCGCUCCGGCCUGCAACAUUGUAUCCUUGACGCUGAACCUGAAGAGCUUGAGAAUAUAGCCGUCAUGUCAUCCGCAACGAAGGCAUCUAGGAUUGGGGAAGAGCUGUGGAAAACACGAGUUGACAAAGUGAACGCCGAGUUGGUGACUUUAACAUACGGCACAAUUGUCGCGCAGCUUUGCCAGGACUACGAUGGGAAUUACCACGAAGUGAACAAACAACUGGAGAAGAUGGGCUACAACAUUGGAAUGCGACUGAUCGAGGAUUUCCUGGCCAAGUCCAACGUGGGGCGAUGUGCGAAUUUCCGGGAAACGGCGGAUAUGAUCUCGAAGGUUGGCUUCAGGAUCUUCCUCAACAUCGCUCCCACCGUAACCAAUUGGACGAGCGAUAAUAACCAAUUCUCUCUCAUAUUUGACGAAAACCCCUUGGCGGACUUCGUUGAGCUGCCGGAUGAUGGACGGGCACAAGAUGAGCUGUGGUUUUCCAAUAUCCUCUGCGGAGUUCUGCGGGGCGCACUGGAAAUGGUGCAAAUGCAGAUCGAGGCGCAUUUUGUGAGCGACGUAUUGCGAGGCGAUGAUACGACGGAGAUGCGGGUGUCACUUGUGAGAUACAUCGAGGAUGAGAUGCCACCCGAUGAGGAGUAGUGGUAUCAUGCCGUAUGGGUGGUCGGGACCUUUUUAUACAAGUCGAGGCGUCUGGUGUUUUGAGGGUUUAUCCGCUGAUCUGGAGCUGCAGCUAUCGAUGAAUAUUACAUUUCUCAUGAUUGACGAUCAAUGUCGAAUGCCUUGUACCUGCUAUUCAUUACUCCUUCUUCUUUGCGUGGCCUAGACCAGGCUGCAGCAGUAGAAUCUUGCAGGACCAACAAUAAAAAAACACACAAUGCGAUUGUCGCGCACAGCAUCUGGACA